GGCAGGAUCCCGCGAUCGAUCUUGUGCUGCCCUCUCGUUUCGUACGUUAGCUUACCGACGAUUCGUGAAUUCCUUCGUUCCUGUUUUAGUCGAAUUUUAAAAAGCGUUCUCCCAACUCAUCUCUGUUGAUAAUCGAUUGGCUUGACAUAUUCCUGUCAAAACAACUAAUUGAAGAUGAAGAUCAACAAGUCGACACGAAUUACUGGGAAAAACGUAGUAUUGGUGCCUUACAAGGAAAAACAUGUCUUAAGAUACCACGAAUGGAUGAAAUCACCAGAACUUCAACGCCUCACAGCAUCGGAACCGCUAACCUUAGAACAAGAAUACAGUAUGCAGAGAAGCUGGCACGAAGAUGCUGACAAAUGUACCUUCAUCAUUUUGGACAAGCACCAGUUGGAAGAGACAAGAAACGAGAUAGAAGCCAUGAUUGGAGAUACAAAUCUAUAUCUCAAUGAUCCAGAAGAACCUUCGACUGCAGAGGUUGAGAUCAUGAUCGCAGUGACAAAAAACAGAGGGAAAGGACAUGGCUGGGAAUCCGUUAUACACAUGCUGCGAUACGGUAUCGAAAUGCUGAAUGUAAAGAAGUUUCGAGCAAAGAUUUCCUUGGACAACGUAAAGAGCAUAAAACUGUUCACCAAAUUGCAGUUCGCAGAGGUUCAAAGAUGCAAAGUGUUCCAAGAAAUAACCAUGGAGAAGAAAGUGGAAGAAGAUUGGAUCCACUGGCUGAUGGCAGAAACAAAAGGCACGUCGAUCAGUGACGACUAUGAAUGAUUAUCAGUAAUUCCAACGCGUAAUGUUUUAUUUAUAAAUAAAGACUUAUAUAUCUUGCGAUAA